GGAAAGGUGUCAAAGUCCAGAGUCUAAAUCUGAAGUUGAUUGUUGACUCCAAACAAGACGGCUUUUAAAAGUCAACUGAAUAACGAUAAUCCCCCCAUAUGUCUGACACGCUGGAUCCGAGCAGAAGCCCAGACCUGCCAGAGCCCAUUGGGUCUGUUGGGGUGGUCGCAUCGCUGCACAAGGUCCCUGAUGGCUACCAAGUUGUUGCACAAACAACAGAUGGCGGAGAUGCAGACCUGUGGAAGGACGGCUUAUUCAAAUCCAAGGUCACCCGCUAUCUCUGUUUCACCAGAAAAAACCAAGACAGUGUAGUUGUGGACAUGAAGUUCAUUGACCUCCGAGAUGCCAUGCCAAUGGGCUUCACGCCCGUCCUGGAAACGUUGGACACCAAGGAGCCUGCGCUGAGGAAGAGGAGGCUCUGUGUGAAGAUCUGCCCGCGUGCUUCGGCCCAGACGGUUCUCUAUGACAUUCAGGUCAUGGGCCGGUCCAAGCUCUCCCGUUCUCACUACACCUGUAUUGGUGAGUUGAACAAUAUGAGCAUAUGGUACAGUGCCGGAGAUCUUCCUCCAACACAGAGGGGCUUGCCCUCCGUCGCCAAUAAAACCAAAACCAGCACAGCAAGCCCAGCUACCAGCGCUGCAACCAGGCCACACUUUGAGCAUCAGGCCAGCGGGUCCUACGCCUUGUCAGCCAUGGACGGUGUGCCCUUUACAAUCUCCGAGAGAUUUAAUGACGCCCCGAAAGAGACGCAGCGAGUCAGUUUAAUGGGCAUUACGAUCAAGUCCCUGGCAGAAGUGGAGGAGGAAUUUCAAUACAACUUCAGCACAGAGAGAAGCAUUGCCCUUUGACCUUCCCUUAAAGCAACUCAUCAGAAAGGAGCCGCGGUGUCAUCAAGGCUGUGAUGCAACACAACGUCUUAUUAACAUAUUUUAAAGGUCUAAAUAAUUGUGACCACAAUAAAUCCUGGUUAGCUGGAUAGCUUAAUGAUUAUAUAUUGUAGAUUUUGAACCAUCAUAAUUUAACAUGAAGCAUCGAAUGUUUGUAAAUAUAACAAUGUCAGUAUUAUUAUUUUUUUUAAUUGUUUUUAUCAAAUUAGAAUAGCCAACAUUUAACAAGGAAACCAUAUUUUUUUAUCGUAUGUUUAGUUUUCAACCCUGGAAAUUGUUGAUCCUUGAAAAUAAACAAUGAAAAUAUUAACUAAUUAAUCAUGAAAUAAAAUGUUUCA